AGGUUAUAAGUCUACUAAAAAUGAGGAAGUACUCCGCAGGUAAAAGGUGGGUCAUUCCCGGCUCCAUCAUGGCGGCUUAUGAACCGUACAUAGUGGCGUUGUUCAAUGAUGUCCUGUCAGUAUGGAAUCGCAAAGAUGGAUCUCGUAUAUCAGGGGUUGCAGUAGAAAGUGGAGUUGUCGGCUUAUCAGUUGCCCUCAGGGAGGUCCAGCAAGAUGAAGUGGUUGAAGUGCGUCCUCCUGAGGUGACUUGUAAAAGCCCCCUGGUUUUGUGUCAGGGAUUUACUGUGUGUAUCAGUCAGUCUCAACUGUGUGACGGUAAAAAGGAUUGUCCAGAUGCGUCAGAUGAAGCUUCCUGCUUGUACACAUGUGUAAAGCCAGGUGACUUUCUGUGUAAGAACCGAAGGAAGUGUUUGGAAAGGAAUUUGGUGUGUGAUGGCCAAUCUCAUUGUCCUGAUGGUUCCGAUGAGAUUGGUUGUCCCACCAUGGCUCCUGCAACCUUAACCGUAGUGCCACUAAAGUGUCGUGUGGGAUCUAAACCCUGUAAAGAUGGAAAAGAUUGUGUCCUGUACAGUCAUGUGUGUGAUGGGGAUAUAGACUGUGAGGAUGGAUCUGAUGAAGCAGACUGUGAAUAUCAGUGUAAACCAGAUCAGUUUCACUGCGCUCAUGGAAGGAUGUGUAUUGACAAAUCACAGGUGUGUGACGGCACACCUCAAUGUCAGGAUCGCUCAGAUGAAAUUGACUGUUUUACUCACUCACACGACUGCAAACACAGGUGUGAUAAUAAAACUCUCUGCAUCCCAGAGAGCUUCCUCUGUGAUGGAGAAAAGGAUUGUGUGGACGCCACUGAUGAAGCUAACUGCACUCAGACUAAUGGUAGAAAUCUAAAUUUGGUGGCGAAGAACAAAGUUGUCUCGACUUUUGCUACUCCACCUCCAUUCUGUAGAAGUCCUUCCAUAAUAUGUCCAGGAACAUCACUGUGCAUUUCUCAGAGUCGCCAAUGUGAUGGGAAGUUAGAUUGCCCGGAUGGUUCUGAUGAAGUUUUGUGCAUAGAUACUUGUGCCAAAAUGGGUGAUUUCCUGUGUAAGGACAGGAGGAAGUGUGUGGAAAGGAAUUUGGUGUGUGACGGCCGAUCUCACUGUCUUGACGGAUCUGAUGAGAUUGCUUGUCACAUCGUGGCUAGUCAAACGUCAACCACAGGGUCAGUAAAGUGUCGUGUGGGAUCUAAACCCUGUAGAAAUGGGAAAGAGUGUGUCCUGUACAGUCAUUUGUGUGAUGGGGAGAUGGACUGUGACGAUGGAUCUGAUGAAGCAGACUGUGAAUAUCAGUGUAAACCAGAUCAGUUUCAGUGUGCUCAUGGGAGGAUGUGUAUUGAUAAAAAGCAGGUGUGUGACGGCACACCUCAGUGUCAGGAUCGCUCUGAUGAAAUGGACUGUUUCACUCACUCGCAUGACUGCAAACACAGGUGUGAUGAUAAAACUCGCUGCAUCCCAGAGAGCUUCCUCUGUGAUGGAGAGAAGGAUUGUGUGGAUGCCACUGAUGAAGCUAACUGCACCGAGACUAACAGUGGAACUCCAAAUUUGGUGACAAUGAACAAAGUUGCCACCACUGUUGCUUCUACACCUCCAUUUUGUAGAAGGCCUUCCAUAAUAUGUCCAGGAACAUCGCUGUGCAUUUCUCAAACUCGCAUGUGUGAUGGGAAGUUAGAUUGUCCGGAUGGUUCUGAUGAAGUUUCAUGCAUGGAUACUUGUGCUAGAAUGGGUGAUUUCCUGUGUAAGGACAGGAGGAAGUGUGUGGAGAAGAAUUUGGUGUGUGAUGGCCAAUCUCACUGUUUUGACGGAUCUGACGAGAGCGCUUGUCACAUCCUGGCUAGUAAAACAUCAACCACAGCAUCAUUAAAGUGUCGUGUGGGAUCUAGACCCUGUAACGAUGGAAAAGAGUGUUUCCUGUACAGUCAUUUGUGUGAUGGAGAGAUGGACUGUAAGGAUGGAUCUGAUGAACAAAACUGUGACCACCAGUGCCAACCAGGGCAGUUCAAGUGCAAUUCUGAUGGAAAGUGCAUUGAAAAGAACCUGGUGUGUGAUGGGACACCUCAUUGCCCGGAUGAGUCUGAUGAAGAAACAUGUCAAAAACCCUCUAAGAGCUGCAGCUUGCUGUGUGACAGGGACACUCACUGUAUUCCCGAAGUCUUCAUUUGCAAUGGGAUUAAGGAUUGUCACGAUGGCACUGAUGAAGCCAACUGUGCUCAGACUAACAGUGGAAAUCUAAAUUUGGUGGCGAUGAACAAAGUUCCCUCGACUGUUGCUUCUCCACCUCCAUUUUGUAGAAGGCCUUCCAUAAUGUGUCCAGGAACAUUGUUGUGCAUUUCUCAGACUCGCCUGUGUGAUGGGAAGUUAGAUUGUCCGGAUGGUUCUGAUGAAGUUUCAUGCAUAGAUACUUGUGCUAGAACAGGUGAUUUCCUGUGUAAGGACAGGAGGAAGUGUGUGGAGAGGAAUUUUGUGUGUGAUGGCCAAUCUCACUGUUUUGAUGGAUCUGAUGAGAUUGCUUGUCACAUUGUGGCUAGUAAAACUUCAACCACAGCAUCUUUAAAGUGUCGUGUGGGAUCUAGACCCUGUAACGAUGGAAAAGAGUGUUUCCUGUACAAUCAUUUGUGUGAUGGAGAGAUGGACUGUAAGGAUGGAUCUGAUGAACAAAACUGUGACCGCCAGUGCCAACCAGGGCAGUUUAAGUGCAUUUCUGAUGGGAGGUGUAUUGAAAAGAACCUGGUGUGUGAUGGGACACCUCAUUGCCUGGAUGAGUCUGAUGAAGAAACAUGUCAAAAACCCUCUAAGAGCUGCAGCUUGCUAUGUGACAGGGACACUCACUGUAUUCCUAAAGUCUUCAUUUGCAAUGGGAUUAAGGAUUGUCAGGAUGGCACUGAUGAAGCCAACUGUGGUUUUUCCUGGACUGCUCAGGUAAGCUGUCAAAGUCCAUCUUUUCUGUGUCCUGGAAUGUCAGUAUGCAUUUCCCAAGCUCAGCUGUGUGAUGGAAGAAGAGAUUGUCCUGAUGGAUCAGAUGAAGCUUCUUGUAUAGAUGCAUGUGCUUCCCCAGGUGACUUUCUGUGUAAGGACAGGAGGAAGUGUGUGAAGAGGAAUUUGGUGUGUGAUGGCCUCUCUCACUGUCUGGAUAGUUCCGAUGAGCUUGGUUGUCCCAUAAUGGCCACUACAACUUCAACUAUUACAUCAUUAAAGUGUCGUGUGGGAUCUAAACCCUGCAAAGAUGAACGAGAGUGUAUCCUGUACAGUCAUGUGUGUGAUGGAGAGAUGGACUGUAGGGAUGGAUCUGAUGAGGAACACUGUGAACUUGAGUGCAAUCCAGGACAGUUUCAGUGUGUUCAGGGGAAGAAAUGUAUUGACUUCAGGCAUGUGUGUGAUGGAAUUCCUCAAUGUCUGGAUCAUUCUGAUGAAGCUGGGUGCUGGAAACCCACCAAGAGCUGCAGCAUGCGUUGCGACAGAAACACGCACUGUAUCCCAGAGGUCUUUAUUUGUAAUGGGCUGAGAGACUGCUGGGAUGGAUCAGAUGAGGCCGACUGUGCCAUGCCUACUCCACCAUCACCCUGCAAAACUCCUUAUGUGGCUUGUCAAGGAACAUCGCUAUGCAUCCUGCAGAGAUAUCUGUGUGAUGGGAGAAAAGAUUGUCCAGAUGGCUCUGAUGAGCGUCCAUGCCUUCGCAACUGCCCAUAUCGCAGUGACUUCCUGUGUAAGGACAGGAGAAAGUGUGUGGAAAAAAAGUUGGUGUGUGAUGGCCGAUCUCAUUGUCUUGAUGGUUCUGAUGAGAUUGGUUGUCCCACCAUAGCUACUACAACCUUAAGGACAGCAUCCUUGAAAUGUCGUGUAGGAUCUAAACCCUGUAAAGAUGGACUGGAAUGUAUUCUGUACUCCCAUGUGUGUGAUGGAGAGAUGGACUGUAAGGAUGGAUCUGAUGAAGCCAAUUGUGAUGUUGAUUGUAAAGAAGGGGAAUUUCAGUGUGCUCAUGGAAAAAAAUGCAUUGAUGAAAAACUAGUCUGUGAUGGCAAACCGCAAUGUCAAGAUUUUUCUGAUGAGAAGGACUGCUUUGUACGAACUAAGAGCUGCAGCCAUCGCUGUGAUGACAAAACCCGCUGCAUCCCAGAGAACUUCCUGUGUGAUGGAGAGAGAGACUGUGUAGAUGGUACAGAUGAGUCUGAUUGCGGGUACCCUACAAAGGUAGUGGAGUGCAAGAGUCCUGCUGUUUUGUGUAGUGGUGGGUCGCUGUGCAUUCCUCACACGAGGCUCUGUGAUGGCAAACGAGACUGUCCUGAUGGGAUUGAUGAAACGUUUUGCUUCGACCGAUGUCCAAACCCAGGUGAUUUCCUGUGUAAGGACAGGAGGAAGUGUGUGGAGAGGAAUUUGGUGUGUGACAGCCAUUCUAACUGUCUUGAUGGUUCUGAUGAGCUUGGUUGUCCCACCAUGGCUACUACAACUUCAAUUAGAGCGCCAUUAAAGUGUCGUAUGGGAUCUAGACCCUGUAAAGAUGAACAAGAGUGUGUCCUGUACAUUCAUGUGUGUGAUGGAGAGAGAGACUGUAAGGAUGGGUCUGAUGAAGCGGACUGUGAAUAUCAAUGUAAACCAGAUCAGUUCCACUGUGCUCAUGGGAGGAUGUGUAUUGACAAAAAACUAGUUUGUGAUGGCACACCACAGUGUCAAGAUCGCUCUGAUGAAAUGGAUUGUUUCACUCCCUCACACGACUGCAAACACCGUUGUGAUGAUAAAACUCGCUGCAUCCCAGAGAGCUUCCUCUGUGAUGGAGAGAAGGAUUGCGUGGACGGUACUGAUGAGGACAACUGUGCUCCUGUUAGUAGCCCUCCCACAGACACACCAACCCUGCCUGUCUGCAAUCCUCCAACAUUAUUGUGUAACGGAACAUCAAAAUGCCUCCUGCAAUUCCAGCUGUGUGAUGGGAAGAUGGACUGCCCUGAUGGAUCUGAUGAGCAUUCUUGCAUUUAUGCAUGUCCAGACUCUGGCCAUUUUCUCUGCAAGGACAGACGGAAGUGUAUUCAGAAAGGCCUUGUGUGUGACGGUUAUCUACACUGCUCCGAUGGCUCUGAUGAGAAUCAGUGUCCCAAUUGUGCUUUGCAUUGUGAUGGUGGAAGGGUGUGUCUAAUGAGGUGGCAAUUCUGUGAUGGGAAACCAGACUGCAGAGAUGGUUCAGAUGAGAAGAACUGCUACGUUAAUCAUGUGGAUGCAAGUUCUUCAUCACCUUUGAAAUGUUCCCUGGGUUCCAAACCAUGUAGAGAUGGAAAAGAAUGUGUCCUGUAUAGCCAUGUGUGUGAUGGAGAAAAAGAUUGCAAAGAUGGAUCCGAUGAGCGUGGCUGUGAGCGUAAAUGUAUAAAAGGCCAGUUCCAAUGUGCUCAUGGUAGGAAGUGUAUAGAUCUGAAGCUUGUUUGUGAUGGGACUCCACAAUGUCAGGACCGAUCUGAUGAAAUAAACUGUGUGAAACUUUCGGAAGAGUGCAGCCAUUCAUGUGACAAUCGCACCCGCUGCAUCCCUGAAACCUUCCUGUGUGAUGGAGAGAAGGACUGUGUGGAUGGAUCUGAUGAAGCUAACUGUGUGGUUGAUCACUGCCCAAGCAAUAAUUUCCUGUGCAGUAAUGGUCAGUGUGUGGCAAUGACCCUCCGCUGUGAUGGAUACCCUGACUGCCGUGAUCACUCGGAUGAGAAGGGCUGUCCUCAACCUCCACAUUGUCCUGCGGAGCAGCGCUGUCCCCACACUCACGAGUGUCUGCUCAAAGAGUGGAUCUGUGAUGGAGAUAAGGACUGCAGUGAUGGGUUUGAUGAGAAUAACUGCAAGGUGACUCCACUGAGGUGUGGGGUGUUCCAGUGGCCAUGUGCAUCUAAAAGUCAAUGUAUAGCCCAAAUUUGGAGGUGUGAUGGCAUAAAAGACUGUGAAGAUGGAAGUGAUGAAUCUGGAUGUGGUCAAGUGAAAUGCCCAACACAUUUGUUUCGUUGUGGAAAUGGAAAAUGUGUGGACCCAGACUUGGUGUGCAACAGGGUACCUGACUGUGCGGACGGUUCUGAUGAGGGUGUGGGGUGUCUGAAGAGCGACUGCUCCAGUAUCAACCCGUCAUGUCAACACUAUUGCAUCAAUACUCCACAUGGACCGAGAUGUGGCUGUAAGACUGGCUUCCGUCGUCAGUCUGAUGGUUUAACCUGCGCUGACAUAGAUGAAUGUAAAGAGAUUCAGCCUGCUGUCUGCAGUCAUAACUGUCUCAAUACUCUGGGCUCCUACCUGUGUCAGUGCCAUCCAGAAUAUAUACUAGAAUCAGAUGGUCGGAGCUGCAAGGCCACAGAGGAGCCCAGUCUUCUGGUCUCUGAGCAAUACGAGCUGUUGUAUUUUGGACUGCGGAGCUUCAGUAUUCAAGCUCUCAUCACACCAGGACGUAAGCCUAUCUUCUCUCUGGACUACGACUGGAGUGAAAAGAAGGUUUACUGGGUCAGUCUGGAAGAGGAGAGCAUCAAAUAUGCUUUCCAUGGAGAAAAGAACAACAUAGGCACAAUUGUUAAAGGGGUGAAAUCAGACUCCAUUGCUAUAGACUGGAUUGGAAAGAACAUUUACUGGGUCGAUGGUGUUGCUGGUCAGAUUCUGGCUGUGAGACUAAGCAGUAGCGUUGUAAAGCCACAAAACUAUAUUGUAGUUCUGGAUGAAGAUUUGGAACAGCCUCGUUCACUUGUGCUUCUGCCACAGAAAGGGAUGAUGUUCUGGUCAGAAAUUGGAGGUGAAGCACAGAUUGAGCGUGCUAGCAUGGAUGGUUCAGACAGGAAGGUGGUGAUCAGUCAUGGUUUGAGCUGGCCUGUCAGCGUCACUGUGGAUACUUUGACUGACAGACUGUAUUGGACCGAUGAGAACCUCAAAUGUAUCGGCUCUGCAACGCUGGAUGGCGAAAACAUGAGCGUUCUACAACUGUCUGAGAUGCCUAGUCCCUUCUCUGUAGCUGUGUUCAAUGACAUGGUUUAUUGGUCUGACACACGUAGAAGGUCCAUUCAAGGGGCAUGCAAACUCACUGGCAAGAAUCGUAAAGUCUUUCUUAAGAGACCUGGUCAACCAUUCGGCCUCAAGGUCGUUCACCCACUUGUACAGCCUAAUGUGAGCAACCCCUGUGAGAGGAUUAAAUGUUCCCACAUAUGUCUGCUCGCUCAAGGGCUUAAAGCUGUGUGCCGCUGUCCAGCAGGACUUCUGGUGUCUGCGGAUGGACUCACCUGUGCAUCGCCUGUUGAUUUUUCAUCUUUCCUUCUGCUGUUAUCUCCUACUGUAAUCACUCAGAUCUUCACUAGAAGCCUGCAAGGACAGACUGGAUUAAAAGAGUGGCCAGAGCACCGCGCUUUGGCUCUUCCUAGUGUGAAUGAAGCUUCCAACUUCGACCUGUCCCUCAGAGAUCUCACGGUGUUCCUCGCCGAUGCUGGACAGGGCUCUGUAGCCCAACUGAAACUAACCAGCUCUGGCAUCAAACCAGCAGGGCACAUACUACAGCUUAAAGGAGACUUGAUGACUGCUCUUGCCGUGGACUGGGUCUCUUCUAACCUCUAUUGGAGCAGCGUUGGGAGUCCUCAGCUUUAUGUUACGUCUCCCAGAGGAAAAUACACUUCGCUGGUUCUGCAAGUUAAACUUCAGGGGGCCAUCUCAAUUGCUCUGCACCCACCCACUGGCAGGCUGUGCUUUACUGCAGUGGGCCAGAAGGGACCUGAGCCUUUACCCCAGGUGGACUGCGCACACAUGGAUGGGGGCAAUCGCACACUGCUGUGGAGCAAAUCAAAGAUGCCCAUUUCGCUUGCAUUUUCAGAAAUGGGAACAACGCUGUAUUGGGCCGAUAUUGGUGCCGGAUCGAUUAGCUCUAUAGGUAUUGAUGGCUCUAAUUAUAAGGAAUAUAGCACCGGACCUGCUUUCAUUGUGUCUUUUGCCUAUAUUGAGAACACCUUUUUCUGGGCCACUCUGCACAAUGGUACAGUUAAAGUGUGGUACACUGAUGGCUUCCAACCCAAGCAAAUGUGGUUUGAGGUGAAGACAAACAUAGUAGAGUUGAAGGCUUACAGCAAGUCCAGUCAGAAAGGGACCAAUGUCUGUUCUAAAAACAAUGGAGGCUGCAGUCACUUGUGUCUGCCAUAUCCAGGUGGGCGCUCCUGUCGUUGUGCGCAGGACUAUCUCUCUGUGAACGAGACUAAAUGUGUGUCUAACCUUGAGUGCCCCACCGGCAGUAAAGCAUGCAGGGACGGCCUAAAGUGCAUCCAUGCUGCCCGGUUCUGUGACCAGGUCCCAGACUGCGAAGACGGUUCGGAUGAGGACUGUGUGUCUGCAAAAACCAAACCAGAUUUCAAAUCCAAACCAGGGCCCAAUGCACCUCCACAGUCCCCAUUCAACCGUCCUCCACUCGGCUCAACUGCCGAACUUUUCCCACCUCAAAACGUUGAUGAUGCAGUGCAGAAUCUUGACAGUCAGUUCUGUGAUGCAGAGCGAUGCAACAAUCAUGGAAAAUGUGUAACGGUGAAGGGAGGAGGGCUGGUGUGCGAAUGUGAGGAGGGGUACAGUGGAGACCUCUGUCAGAAUGCUGGCUCCAGCCGGACUGCUCUUGCACUGACCCUCACUUUCCUUUUUGGGGGUGCCCUGAUAGCGGCUGUAAUCGUGAAAAAAAGAAGGAUGCAAGCAGCUGGACAAGAUGGUACUGAAAAAGAAACGCUUGUGACUGACAAGGAAGAAAGCACAACUUUCUCGCAGAACUUUGCUAAUGAGCUGUAUAAUCCAGAAGAGGUUCAGAUUAGCCCAGCUGUCACCACACCUGUCGUCUAAUUUUUCAUUCUUAAUAAAGGAUUAGCAAUCAAAAAAUGCUGUGAUUUACUUCUCAAAAAAAAAAACAUUGUAAUAAGCAAUAAACAAAUAAAAAGUAAUAAAAUUUUAGUAAACUAUUGUAAGAGUGUACCAUUUUAAAAAUAAGAGCUUGUCACAUUUUCUAAUGCAGAUGCUUACUGAAUUAAA